AUGUCCAAGCAGCCGCGGGCCCGCCGGGAGGAGAUCCUGGAGAGCCAGGUGAUGUGGGAGCCUGACAGCAAGAGCACGCACAUGGACCGCUUCCGGGCGGCCGUGGCUGCUGCCUGCGGCCUGGCGCUGGAAAAUUAUGAUGACUUAUACCACUGGUCAGUUGAAUCAUAUUCAGACUUCUGGGCAGAGUUCUGGAAAUUCAGUGGACUUGUCUUCUCACGCAUGUAUGAUGAGGUUGUGGACAUGACAAAAGGGAUUGCAGACAUCCCCGAGUGGUUCAAAGGCAGUCGUCUAAACUAUGCGGAAAACCUCCUGCAGCACAAAGAGAAUGACAGAGUUGCCCUGUACGCUGCGAGGGAAGGCAAAGAGGAAAUUGUGAAGGUGACGUUUGAAGAACUGCGGCAACAAGUGGCUUUGUUUGCAGCAGCAAUGCGGAAAAUGGGUGUGAAACAAGGAGACCGGGUGGUUGGUUAUUUACCCAACGGUGUGCAUGCCGUGGAGGCCAUGCUGGCUGCGGCGAGCAUCGGUGCCGUCUGGAGUUCCACAUCCCCAGACUUUGGUGUAAACGGUGUUCUGGACCGCUUCUCUCAGAUUCAGCCUAAGCUCAUCUUUUCCGUGGAGGCCGUCGUGUACAACAGCAAAGAGUACAGCCACAUGGAUAAGCUGCAACAGGUGGUGAAAGGACUUCCUGACUUGAAAAAAGUGGUGCUGAUUCCUUACAUUUCCUCGAAAGAGAAGAUAGACAUUUCCAAAAUUCCGAAUAGUGUGUUUCUGGAUGAUUUCCUUGCAACCAGGAAAGGCGAGCAGGCCCCACAGCUGGAGUUCGAGCAGCUGCCCUUCAGCCACCCACUCUUCAUCAUGUUUUCGUCGGGCACCACCGGAGCGCCUAAGUGCAUGGUGCAUUCCGCUGGGGGCACCCUCAUCCAGCACCUGAAGGAGCACAUUCUUCACGGCAACAUGAGCAGCAGUGACAUCAUCCUGUAUUACACCACGGUCGGCUGGAUGAUGUGGAACUGGAUGGUGUCUGCUCUUGCCACGGGGGCGGCUGUGGUCUUGUACGAUGGCUCCCCUCUGGUACCCACACCCAAUGUGCUCUGGGACCUGGUUGACAGGAUAGGCAUCACCAUCCUUGGAACGGGUGCCAAGUGGCUGGCUGUCCUUGAAGAGAAAAACAUGAAGCCAGCGGAAACCCACAGUCUCCAGACGCUUCAUACGAUCCUGUCCACCGGCUCCCCCCUGAAAGCCCAAAGCUAUGACUACGUCUACAAGUGCAUCAAGAGCAGUGUCCUCCUCGGCUCCAUCUCAGGUGGCACUGACAUCAUCUCCUGCUUCAUGGGCCAGAAUUUUUCUAUUCCUGUGUAUAAAGGAGAGAUUCAGGCCCGGAACCUGGGCAUGGCCGUGGAAGCCUGGAACGAGGAAGGAAAGGCAGUCUGGGGCGAGAGUGGUGAGCUGGUGUGCACCAAGCCGAUCCCCUGCCAGCCCACACACUUCUGGAACGAUGAGAACGGGAACAAGUACAGGAAGGCGUAUUUCUCCAGAUUCCCAGGUGUCUGGACACAUGGCGACUACUGCAAAAUCAACCCCAAAACUGGAGGCAUCAUCAUGCUGGGCCGGAGUGACGGCACACUCAACCCCAAUGGAGUGCGAUUUGGCAGUUCGGAAAUCUAUAACAUUGUGGAGGCCUUCGAGGAGGUGAUGGACAGCCUCUGUGUGCCCCAGUACAACAAGGAUGGGGAGGAGAGGGUGCUUCUCUUCCUGAAGAUGGCUUCCGGCCACACCUUCGGGCCCGACCUGGUGAAGAGCAUCCGCAACGCCAUCCGCAAUGGCCUGUCUGCGCGGCAUGUGCCCAGCCUCAUCCUGGAGACCAAAGGCAUCCCGUACACUCUCAAUGGCAAGAAGGUGGAAGUGGCUGUGAAGCAGAUCAUUGCUGGAAAAGCUGUGGAGCACCGAGGGGCCUUCUCAAACCCUGAGACCUUGGAUUUGUACCAGAACAUCCCAGAGCUGCAGGACUUCUGAGUCGGACUGACUCACGUGGCACACUGCCACCUGCGUUUGUGCUGUGACUUCCGAGCAUUCAGGACGUUGCUUAGAAACCCGCAGCUCUUGGGAAGGCAAGUGUCCGUGCGCUUGGGGAAGGGUCAGUUCUAUGUUCUGGAGUCACGUCCGGGGGGUUCCGCAAGCCUUGUCGGGCCACAUCCUGACCUUCAGAGGCCAAAAGGGAGCAUUUGGUGUGUGUGUGGCCAGGCGCUGAGAGUGCCUGUGUCUUUGCACAAGUGUUCUUGCACAUGCCGCCAGGAGCCAGGGGUCGCCCAAGUGUGGACGGUUGUGGCCAACGGUCACGGCCAGCGUCACAGCCAUGCUUCCUGCACUGGCUGGCACUCUGGUGGCGGCACAUCUCUCAGGGGUGGUCUUGCCUCCAACCUCGUGCCCGUAGUUCCCUUUUGCCCUCUUCACGGGUAAAUCUGUGUCUCCUCUUCAGUUGCUCUCCAGCUCUGACCGUCGUUUCUCAGGGCCCAUCUGUCCGCCAUUGCACGUGGACUGUUCCCCAGUGGCCGACUGCUCCUGCAGGUCCCCGUGGAGCCGCAUGUGGCCCCCACGAAAUCGCACCGCCCGACGGCAGAAGCUCCCUGUGGAGAGCACAUGGGCUUCGUUCUUUAACAGGGUCUCCUUAUUUCAUCAACUUCAACUGGUUUAAAAAAAUGUUCAUGUUAGUUCUCUGGAAUGUGUGGGUGCUCCAGAACAGGCUGUCCACCCCGGGGGGGUGGCGGCGCUCUUGGGGACUCGGUGGGCCACCUGGGCAGCAAUCGCGGGGUCCUCCCUGUCGGAGCUGCCUGGCCUCAGGGGACACGGCCUCACUGCACUCCUCCCCCUGGAGCUCAUGGAACCUCCUGGACCUCACGUGGAAGUUGGAUAUUGAGUCAUGGGUUUGAUAGCCAGGCGGUUCAUAUGCACUCUCUGUUCCGUACAUUAACAGCUUCCUGUAAUCCUGAUGUUUGUUUUUGUAUUUUUAAAAAACUGAGCACAGUGAAAACCUUUUUGGAAUCUCUUUUCUUCUGGAUUAUAAAAAUACAGGGGAAAGUGCUAUGAGGAAUUUAUGUAAUAAAUAUAUAUACAUAUAUA